GAGUGAGAGACUAUGAUUGGAUGCCAGUGAUAGAGUAAAAGACUAAAGCAGCUUGUGAAUUUUCUUAGUUGCCAUGGGCCCUUGGGGGUCGAUCAAGUGGCACUGCUGACUCACAGAGGAUAGGACAGAAGACACAUGAAGAAACAACAAAACAAACACAAUUGACGAGAAGUAACUAAGGACAACAAGGCUUUUAUAAGUAACAGCGCAAGAGAAACAGUGAGGGGCACACAGGGUGAGCGCUCCGUCCAGAGGGGAGACGAUCUACAGCAGCGAGAGUGGCCGACAACAUCACCCAGAUCCAGCAGUCCAUCAUCUAUCCAUCCAUCAGUCAGUCCAGCCAGAGAGGAAGAGGCAGAGACAUGAAGAGACCUCACGACUACAGCUCCCCAGACUCGGACACAGACGAGUUUAUUGACGUGGGACAAGAAGACAGCUUUUGCCCAGUCACCGGGUCCAUGUCUCCUGGCAGCGCCUCACAGAUUCUUGCCCGAAAGAAGAGAAGAGGGAUCAUAGAGAAGAGGCGCAGAGACCGGAUCAACCACAGCCUGUCGGAGCUCAGGAGGCUGGUGCCAAGUGCUUUUGAGAAACAGGGUUCGUCUAAGCUGGAGAAAGCAGAGAUCCUGCAGAUGACUGUGGACCACCUUAAACUCCUGCAUGCCAUGGGAGGAAAAGGUUACUUUGAUGCGAGGGCUCUGGCAGUUGACUACAGGACCCUGGGCUUUAGAGAGUGUGUUGGGGAGGUGGUGCGAUAUCUCAGCUCCCUUGAUGGGGAGUCCCCGGACCCUAUAGGAGCCCGUCUGGUCUCCCACCUUUCCCACUGCGCAAGUGAGCUAGACCCUCUCCUCCUACAGUCACCUCCGGCCUCCGCCCUGCCCUUUCCUCCUUGGCCAUGGGCAUCUUUCCCUCAGAUCUCCCCCACCUCACAGGCUUCCUCCUCAUCUCCUUUCCCCAGUGGGCGAAGGGAUCUGGCCCUGCUGGGGAGCUACCCAUCGCCCGCCUCCCUCCGCCUCGCCCCGCUGGCCGGGUGCCAGCAGGGCGCACCACAGCUCCUCGCACCCACAGCCCUGGCAACCGUCCACAGGGUGCCCUCCCUUGCAGCGUCUCCGGUCCUUGGCCCUUCCAGACCGACCCAGCCGUCCCCUCACAGCGCCACUAGGGCCUCGCCUCUCCUCCCCCCUUCCUCUUCCUCUCCUUCUACCUCCUCCUCUUCUACUUCAUCAAAUUCUGCCCCACCGCAAGUUUCUUUCAGGCCAUUCGCACCUCUGGGGUCUUCAGCAGUGCAACGCAGGGGCUUGAACGCAUCAGCCAAGUCGGCCCAGGGAUGGGGGACUGAGAUCGGAGCUUUCUGAGGUUCGACUCUGAUUUUGUUUUCCAAAUGAACUCUGUACAGUGCACCUGGAGCUCCCAUGUGCACCAUGUAGCAAAUAUGAUACCUUUGGAGUAAGAAGUAUUGAACCUUUGAUGAUUGUCUCUGCUUUUGAGGGACUCUAAAAGCCAUAUCAGACUGUGGGUGAGGUUUCAGAUAAUCACAAACAAUCAUAUAUAAUGGAUUAAUGAAGGAAUGUAAAGGAAUAGAAGAUUUAAAUAAAUUCUCCUUGCUUGACAAAUACACACAUACACAGUGUCCAACAGAGCCAUAUAUAUAACGCUCAACAGAGUGACGUUGAGUUUUUACUGAAUUUUAACUGUGAUAUUUGUUUUUGUUUUCCAAAACAUUUAUACAUUUGAUUACAAUUUCCAAUUCUGAAGAAUGUUCGACAAAAAUCUCUAUAAAGACU